CAUCCUUUCGUUUAGAUAGCCUCCUUCUCUUCAAAACAACUCUUUUUCUCUUUUGCUCCUCGUGGAAGAGGAGAGAGAAAAUCCAAGAACUCUCCUCCUCCUUCCCUUCAAUCUCACCUUCAGACUUCCUUAUCUUUUUCUAUCAAGUUCUUCUCUUCAGCGACUGAGUUAUGCAGGCUGAUCCGACUGUGCUAAGCUUGAGACCUGGUGGUGGCGGCGGAGGAAAUCGGGGAAACAGAGUCCUUGGCCCUCGUUUUGAAUCUUCUUCUUUGGGUUCUUCUGAUCUUCCUCUUCUUCGUCCUCAUGGCGGCGCUCAUCAAUCUAUCUCUAUCAAGAGUGGAGACUCAAGAUUCGAGACUCGUGAGCGAAUCCGUUUCACCAGGGACCAGCUAUUGCAGCUUAGGGAGAAGGUUGUUAAGGUUCCAGAAGAGAUACAGAGAGUGAAGCAAGAAGUUGAAAUAGAACUUUUUGGGGAUGACCAAAACUGGGCUAGAGAAGCCAGUGUUCCAGUUCAACAAGCAAACAGGUACUCUGAACCUGACACUCGCGAUUGGCGUGGACGAUCAGCACAAGGUCCUCCUCCAUCGAAUGAUCAGGAUCGAUCUUGGGAUGCAAAUCGAGAAAAUAGAGAGGUUGGUGGCCGUUUUGACUCUAACCGCCAAGAUCAGCCCAACUCUCAGUUUCAAAGGGGGCAAGGUCCUAAUAUGGGACCAGCUCCUGCUCUAAUUAAGGCUGAUGCUCCAUGGUCUUCUAGAAGGCAGACUCUAACAGACAAGGAUCGUGUUUUGAAGACAGUGAAAGGGAUUCUGAAUAAGUUGACUCCAGAGAAAUUUGAUAUUCUUAAAGGGCAGCUAAUUGAUUCAGGCAUCACAACUGCUGAUAUUUUGAAGGGAGUUAUUUCCUUGAUAUUUGACAAAGCUGUUCUUGAACCAACAUUUUGUCCAAUGUAUUCCCAACUGUGUUCUGAUCUAAAUGAAAAACUUCCUCCAUUCCCGUCUGAAGUAACUGGCGGCAAAGAAAUCACAUUCAGGAGGGUGCUACUGGACAAUUGUCAGGAGGCAUUUGAGGGUGCUGACAAGCUUAGAACAGAAGCAAGUCAAAUGACUGCUCCCGAGCAAGAGAUGGAACGUAGAGAUAAGGAGAGAAUGAUAAAGCUUCGAACUCUUGGUAAUAUUCGUCUUAUUGGUGAGCUAUUGAAGCUGAAGAUGGUUCCUGAAAAGAUUGUUCAUCAUAUUGUCCAGGAGCUUCUAGGAUUGGACAAUAAGAUAUGCCCCGACGAGGAAAAUGUGGAGGCUAUAUGCCAGUUCUUCAACACAAUAGGGAAACAACUCGAUGAAGUUCUCAAAUCCAGACGCAUUAAUGAUGCCUACUUCGCCAGAUUGAAAGAACUAUCAACCAACUCUCAGCUGGCUCCGCGAAUGAGGUUCAUGGUUCGCAAUGUUAUUGAUUUGCGUUCAAAUAACUGGAUUCCUAGACGAGAAGAGAUCAAGGCAAAAACAAUCACUGAAAUUCACUCCGAGGCAGAAAAGAAUCUUGGGUUACGCCCCGGUGCUACAGCAAGCAUCAGAAACAAUCGUAACAUUGCUUCUGGUGGCCAAGGAAACAUAAAUCCGGGAAACUUUUCCAUCGGCCGCCCGGGCACUGGUGGAAUGAUGCCUGGAAUGCCUGGAGCCAGAAAGAUGCCCGGUGCCCCUAAUCUCGAUAAUGACAACUGGGAACUUCCUAGAUCUCGUUCAACGAAUCAGAAUGUUAAUCGUUUUCAGCCUCCACAAUUGAUCGGAAAGACACCAUCAAUGAACUCUAAAUUUCUCCCCCAAGGUAGUGGCGGUUUAGUAGCUGGCAGAAGCAGUGCUCUUUUGCAAGGAAGUGGUGGUGCCGCCACUCCUAACCGCCCAACAACCCCUGUUGAGCCAGUUGUAACUGCCCAUGUAUCUCCGCCUCCGGUUUUGGAAAAGCCAAUUGAAAAACAAAAUCUUGACGUGCUUAAGAAGAAGACUGUAUCUCUUCUGGAAGAGUAUUUUAGUAUAUGCAUAUUGGAUGAAGCUUUACAAUGUGUGGAGGAGCUGAACUCAGUUUCUUUCCAUCCUGAGGUGGUUAAAGAAGCCAUCGCACUUGCUUUGGAAAAAAACCCGCCAUGCGUUGAACCUGUGGCGAAACUGUUGCAAUAUUUAUUCGGUAAGAAGGUUUUUACAGGUAGUGAUAUUGGGACUGGAUGUUGGCUUUAUGGAAUGAUGAUGGAUGAUAUUGGUAUCGAUUUGCCUAAAGCUCCUAAUAAUUUUGGAGAGGUUAUGGGGAAGCUUGUUUUAAGUGGGGCUGUCGAUUUUAAACUAGUGAAGGAAGUUUUGAGCAAGAUGGAGGAUGAUAUGUUUCGGAAAGUUAUAUGUGGGGCUACUAUUAGGGUAGUUGGUUCGGAUCCUUCUGGACAAAAGGUUUUGGAAUUGCAGUCGACAGAGAUCGAGGCUUGUCAGAAACUGUUUUAGUUGAGGUUUAUCAGAAAUUUUGCCUUGUUUUUGUUUCUUUUGUUUUAGAAGUCUGUUUUCUUUUUUAAAAUUGAAGACUUUGAGACAAAGCAGGUAAUUGUGUUGGUUGUUUAUGAACUUGGGUAAUUUUGUCCGGAAAACUGUGGCCGAAUUUGUGCCGACCAGUUGGUAGCUCGACGGGAAGGAUUCUUGUUCUUCUUCCUUGCGGCUACUGGUGUUUUUGUAUUCAUUGUUUCCUUUGAUGCAUGAUUUUAUAGACUAUUUAUUGAUUUAUCUUUUGAGCAAAGGUGUUUUGGUUGUCUGA